ACGCUAUAUGUAAACUCGUCCGGUCGCCCGGGACGCGGUACAGCGUGAGGACAGACUCUUCAUUAUUCGCAACUGCCAAUAAACAAAACGCGAAGUCACCUUGUUCUCAUUGCUGUUUUAUUUACACACACAGUUCACGCGUGACUCCUUAUCCACAGGCUCUGUUUUCCUGUGCGGGUCGACGGGGAUGUAGAGACGGGGGUCUGAAAGUACCUAAGCGCGCCGUCGAGAUGAAGCGUCCGGUGUACGAGUUGACAGUUUUCUUACUCUGGACCUUGUUUUUUGGGCCUUUGUGUUUCUCCUACCCUCUUGAAGGAGGAACAGAUGUGCCUCAGCUGAGGGUCGUGGAGGAGCUGGACCGGUUGAAGCUCGGUUUCGGAUGGAGAAACUUGUCCUGCGUGCUGUGUAAAGCGAUCUUCGCCUCUGUCGACAUCGCGCUGCUGAGUGACUCAAACAUGGAGCGAGUGUCUCGAGCUUUAGGAGAGGUGUGUGUCCGUCUUCACCUGGCCAAUCCGGAUGUGUGUCGUGACAUCACCGCACUCUUCCGUGCUGAUGUCAUCCGAGCCCUCCAGGAGUCUUUUCUCUGGCCUACAGAGGCCUGUGCUGUCUUGGUUGGACCUUCGUGUGGCCAUUUCGACAUUUACGCCCCCUGGAACGUUUCCUUACCACAAAUCCCCAAACCGCCAGUCAAGCCGCCUUCUCCACCCAAACCAGGCUCUCCACGCAGCAGGAUCCUGUUCCUCACAGACAUCCAUUGGGACGCAGAGUACACUGAGGGCAGCCUUGCGGAGUGUAACAAGCCUCUGUGUUGCCGAAAUGACUCUGGAAGAGCCAGUUGGAGGCACGCUGGGGCAGGAUAUUGGGGGACGUAUAGCAAGUGUGACCUGCCUUUGCGCACGGUGGAGAAUCUCCUGGAGAAUGUGGCUAAAUCAGGCCCGUGGGAUUGGGUUUAUUGGACAGGGGAUAUUCCUGCGCAUAAUGUGUGGUCUCAAACGCGGAACCAGCAGCUGAAUGAGCUGGUCACCAUCAGCAGACUCAUACACAAACACUUGGGGCGAAAUGUUACAGUGUAUCCAGCGGUGGGAAAUCACGAGAGCACGCCGGUCAAUAGUUUUCCUCCUCCGUUUGUGCAUGGAAAUCAUUCGUCCCGUUGGCUUUAUGAGACCAUGGCGAAGGAGUGGGCACCCUGGCUGCCUGAGGAAGCCCUGGAGACCAUACGCCGUGGUGGUUUCUACAGCGUGGAGGUUGAGCCUGGAUUGAGGCUUGUGUCUCUGAACAUGAACUUUUGCUCCAGAGAAAACUACUGGCUGAUGGUGAACUCCACUGACCCAGCAGAUCAGCUACAGUGGCUCAUACAAAUCCUGCAGGAGUCCGAGAACAAGGGAGAGAAGGUCCACAUCAUUGGUCACAUUCCUCCCGGUUUCUGUCUGAGCAGUUGGAGUUGGAAUUACUAUCAUAUAGUCAACAGGUAUGAAAGCACUAUAACCGGUCAGUUUUUUGGACACACACACACGGAUGAGUUUCAGAUGUUUUAUGAUGAAGAAACAUUGACCCGUCCACUGAGUGUGGCUUUCAUUGCUCCGAGUGUCACUACUUUUGUCAACCUCAACCCAGGAUACCGUGUGUAUUACGUGGACGGAAACUACCCUGACAGCAGCCGAAUGGUUCUAGAUCACGAGACGUUUAUUCUUAACCUGACUCUGGCCAACAACCGGCCCUUAAAACCAGACCCGAGGCCAUCCUGGACACUUCUCUAUCGAGCAUCCGAAGCCUACGGUCUGUCCACACUCUUCCCUUCAGACAUGGAGGCUCUGAUCAAACACAUGGUGAAUGACGAUCGCAUUUUCCAGCAAUUCUGGUACCUCUUUCACAAAGGCCACGUAUCCAAACCCUGCAAAGACACAUGCAAAACCUCCAUCAUCUGCUUCCUGCACAGCGGACGCUAUGACCUGCUGACUCAAUGCAGCCCGCUACAUGGAGACACACCCAAGAAGAGCAUGUGCUGAGGAGAAUGGAGAAAUCUAAGCUCAUGUUUUACAGUAAGCCUCCAUUAGUUAAGGUUAGUAAUGUAUUUCAUUACAUGAAUUCAGAAGGUACAGCCUCAACGAGCAGUCAUUUCAACAACUAACAUUAACAAAGAUGAAUAAAACCGCUAAUGAAUGUAUUAUUCAUUGUUAAUGUUAGUAAAUUAAUAGAUUAAAUCAAUGUUUCUCAACCACGCUCAUGGAGGGCCACCAACACUACAUAUUUUGUAUGUCUUCUUUGUCUGUCAAACCCAUUUCAGGUCUUUCAGUCUCUGCUUAUGAUCUGAAUCAGGAGUGUUUGGUUAAGGGGACAUGGAAAAUGUGCAGAGCUGGUGGUCCUUCAGGAACGUGCUUGAGAACUAAAUAAUAGUAAAUUAAAGGGCU